AUGGCCGGUACCAAGCGCCCCGUCGAUGCCAACGAAGACCGCAAUGGAAAGCGGAGCAAGACCAAGCAGGGCUCCGCACCCGCGAAGAAAUCCAAGGUCGCUGAGCCAGUGAAGAAGUCCAAGUCAAAGGACAGCAAGUCUGGAAAGAGCGACAAGAAGGCUUCCAAGAAGGUCCAGAAGGAGGAGUCAUCCGAGGACGAGGACGAGUUCGAUAUUGACAACAUCUCGGAUUCCGACGAUGAUCUCGAUGCGGUUGAUGAGAUUUCCGAGGAGGAUGUUGAUAUGGAGGAUGUGAGCGAAGAGAAGGAGCCCAUCGAAAAGGAUGAGGAAGAGGAGAAAGACGAUGAGAAGCCACCCAACAGAAACCCCAAUGCGAAUGCCUCUCGCGAGUCCCACAUCAAGCAAAAGGCUCUCCAACAGGAGCGCAAAAACGCAAAGCCCAAUGCCGAUAUGAUUGCCCGUUCCAAGAAACUCUGGGAGCAGCUGCGCCGCAAGUCCCACGUCCCACUUGAGCAGAGAAAGAAGCUCAUCAAGGAGCUGUUCGAGAUCAUUACUGGCCGUGUCCGUGACUUUGUUUUCAAACACGACUCUGUGCGCAUCAUUCAAACCGCUUUGAAAUACGGAAACCUGGAUCAGCGCAAGGGAAUCGCCCAGGAAUUGAAGGGAAGCUACAAGGAGUUGGCUCAGAGCCGCUACGCCAAGUUCUUGGUUGGAAAAUUAAUUGUCCACGGUGAUUCAGAGACUCGUGAUCUGAUCAUUCCUGAGUUCUACGGAUAUGUCAAGCGCCUCAUUCGUCACCCGGAGGGUUCUUGGAUUCUCGAUGAUAUUUACCGCACAGUCGCCACAAAGGAGCAGCGCACAAGAAUCUUGCGUGAGUGGUAUGGUCCCGAGUUCAUUCAUUUCCAGGAUGACAAGGAGAAGUCCUCUGAUCUUCGCAAGAUUCUGGAGGCCCACCCGGAGAAGCGGGCUCCCAUUAUGAACUUCCUGCGCGAGUUGAUCAACCAGCUUGUUCAGAAGAAGUCCACCGGAUUCACUCUUUUGCACGAUGCUAUGUUGGAAUACUUCCUUGCCACCAAGCCUGGUAGCACUGAGGCGAAUGAGUUCAUUGAGAUGCUGAAGGGCGACGAGGAAGGUGAUUUGGCGAAGAACAUGGCUUUCACUAAGUCCGGUUCCCGCCUGAUGAGCUUGACCCUGGCCUAUGCCAAUGCCAAGGACCGCAAGCUGCUUUUGCGUUUCUACCGCGAUACCAUCAAGGCCAUGGCUGGUGAUAUGAACGGUCACAUGGUCUUGCUUGCCGCCUACGAGGUUAUCGAUGACACAAAGUUGAGCUCCAAGGCCAUCUUCCCCGAGCUUCUGAACCAGAACGAGCCCACGGAAACCCGUCUCGAGGAAUUGCUCUACCAGAUCAACGACCUGACUGCCCGUGUUCCCAUCCUGUUCCCCUUCGCUGGUGACCGCGUUAAGUGGCUUCUGCCCGAGCAGGACCACGAGGUCCUCAAGGAGGUCCGUGAGGUCCGUAAAGAGACUUCCAAGAAGGAUGCCUCCAUCCGUCGCGAGGAGUUGGUUAAGGCCGCAUCUGCGACUAUGCUUGAGCUUAUCGCUGCCCGCGCCGAGACUUUGUUGGAGACCACCUUCGGUUGUCAAGUCAUCGGUGAGGUUCUAUUCGAGGCCGACGGUGACAAGAGUGCCGCUCUUGCGGCCGUGGCCCAGGCUGCCAAGGCCAAGGCUGACACCCCAGACUCCUCCGUCGGUCGUCUGCUCAAGUCACUUGUGCAAGGCGGUCGCUUCAACCCUGCCGAGAAGACCAUCGAGAAGGUGGAACCCGCACUUAACUUCCACGGACUGCUCUACGAGCAAAUCCGUGAUGAGAUUGUGGAGUGGGCCACCGGAGCCAACGUUUUCGUGAUUGUUGCUAUGGCUGAAUCCGAUGACUUUGAGAAGAAGAGCGAGCUGCUUAAGACUCUCAAGAAGAACAAGAAGGCGCUGGAGCAGGCCUCGGCGUCGGGCGCAGAGGGCAAGAAGGCCGGCCCGACCAGCAGCGGUGCCAAGUUGUUGUUGCAGAAGCUAUAA